CAAGAAUCGGAUUAGGCCCACGGGUGGUAGGCUAUUUCAUGAAUGCAUCACAAAUCAAAGGUUUGUUAGAGAGCGCGCCAACUACGGCGAGAGGGGCUGGGCAAGACCACUGCAUGAAUGACAUCAACGCCGGCCUGGAUUCUCCUCCUUUCUUCAGCGUCAACCAGAGAGAUACGACCCAUUUUGGAAGUUUUUGGCCCGUGCCUUGUGUGCAUCUCCAAAUCAUCACAAUGAUCAUCAUAAUUGAAGAUCAGGGUGGCUUUGACCAGGCAUUGGCCGAUGCAGGAGACAAACUUGUUGUUGUGGAUUUCACAGCAACAUGGUGUGGGCCAUGUCAAAACAUUGCACCUUUUUUCAAAACACUGUCUGAAAAGAACACAAAUGUGGUCUUCUUGAAAGUUGAUGUGGAUGAAGCACAGGAUGUGGCUCAGUCCUGUGAUAUUAAAUGCAUGCCAACAUUCCACUUCUAUAAGAACGGAAAGAGGGUUGACGAAUUCUCUGGCAGCAACCAGGCCAAACUGGAGGAGCUGGUCAAAACGCACCAAUGAGCAUUCAUGUCUUGUACAAAUAUAUGGCACCACCAAUUAUGAGAAACGUCUCCCGUCAUCUUUUGCACUUUCUAAUUUGUAUAUUGAUCUUUUUUUUUAUUAUUUUUUUUAGCAAAAACAUAUAGUAACAUUUUGGUUAGAAUCAACUACCUUUUCAUUAGGUAAUAAGUUCAUAAUAAUUGCAAACAGUUUUCUUGUCUCCAUAUGAUUGCUAGAGUUGUACCCUAAGCAAACUGGGACAAUCGCUAGACAGAAUUAAACAUCUCUUGGUGUCAAUAAAUGGGGGGGGUAGUUCUGUAUUUUUUUUGAAGGCUUGUGUGGUCACAGAUCUGUCCUUGUGAGUGAGAUGGCACGUUAACCUAUAGUAUUGCACCCUCUGCUAUUAUUGGCAUCACUGAUAAAGAGGACUAAAAGCGUUGUACGAAGUUCACAUUGGUGAAUUAGCUUAAUCUCACAUCUGAACGAAUGAGAAACAUUCAACCUAUAUUUCAAGUAAAAAUCUGCCACAACAUCCAUCAAGUUUCCAGGUCAAAUGAUGUAGCCUAUAGCCUUUUCAACAUGGGAAAGACCAGGUAAUACAGUUAUGCAAUAGAGAAUGCAUAAGGCAAAAGUGUGCUGAUUGGGGAAUGGAUUAAAGCCACAGUAUACACUUCACAAUCUUAUGAGGUAUGUUUUUAUCAGCAGCAGCUAGUACUGUCUUUAUUUUAGUUCUGAAUAUGGUCAUCAUUUGAAGGCUAUAAUAUAGUUAUGUGGUUUGGGAUCGGAACACCCCUGUGGAAAUGUAAGAAAAGGCUUCAUGGCAUGUUUCCUACAUACGCCAGCAUGUUGGCAUGCAUUUUUCAAUGCCCACUGGGAUGUUAAUUGAGUCAGUGUUUGUAUUUGACAAGCUUGCUAGACCAAAACCUUUAGAUCUGCAAGUCGAAAGAGGUGUAAGCACUGCAAUUCUAAAUAAAAGGAGUGUUCCAUUUUGAGCUAAGCUCAGGCAUUGUAUUGUCGGUUGCACCGACCACUUUUACACAAGAACAAAGCUCCUAAGAUUUGCUAACCAAGCACAACACCCAUUUCCUAAAAUCAUACUUGCAAUCAUAACAGAAUGCACUGCAGUCGCCUAACUGUUUUGGAUACAACAUGUACAAUGCAUACUCUGCAGUUUUUUUUUUUUUUUUUCAUUUUUAUUUCCUGUCACGAUUCCCUACUAUAAGACAGAACAUUGGAGAGCAGCUCCUCUGGUCCAGUUAAUACAAGUCACAGGAGAAUGCCCAUGGAUUCUUUAAGAAGUGUAAAUUCUACACAAUCGGAUCACGUCAAUUCAGAAAAUAAGGAUGCAGAGGAGGAUGUAGCUAUCCACAGGUAUGCAAGUAGGCCUACUUCUACUUGGCCUAAGAUAAGAAUGGAAAUUACUGGGAUCCGUUUGACUGGUAAUCAAACUUAUACUUUACUCUUUCUCAUAUACAGACAUACAGUACACGUCUAUCUUUUGUAUAGAGGGAAAAAACAGCAAAAAACAUUCUUUUCUACACAGGACAUGUCUGGUACAGAGUGGUCACGGGAACUCUAGGGAUGUUGUGUGUUCUCUUGCUGACUGUAGUUGUAAUCCUCUCAGUGGAGAGAUUGCAUUUAAAUUCCACCUGCAGUAACUGUACCUCAGAGAGAGACCUGUUGCAGACUAAUCUUUGCAGAAGGAGAACACUAAAGUGAAAAGCCGGCUCUCUGAUCUUGGUGAGUUUCUAUUUGGAGAUAUGUGUGCUGUCCAAGCCUGACACAUAGGCUACCUUACUGUUUAAUGAUUCACGUUCCCCCCACAACAACCCAAUGCAUGUUGAGACCAUUGAUAUCACAGGUUUGUUUUAGUUAAGAAGGAUUCUCUGGAUAAUAUGUUUACAGAAGCCUGUCUUGAAAUUGUAUUACUUAAGUCCAUGCCUUGGAGUAUUAAAUCUUCUCUAUUUCCAUUUAACUCAGUGAGACAUCUGCAGGACGGAUGGAUCUUUUUUGCAUCUAGUUUAUACUAUUUAUCUACUGAGAGGAGGUCAUGGGAUGAGGCCAGAAAGGACUGCAUAUACAGGGGUGCAACCUUGGUGAUCAUAAACAACAGAGAUGAACAGGAAUUUCUGACCAAAAUACAAAAUGAAUACUGGAUCGGGCUAAUGGAAAAGGAUGGAGUGUGGAAAUGGGUAGACGGCAAGGCCCUCACUGAUGGGUUUUGGGAUAAAGGUCAGCCAAAUAACUACGUUGGAGAGGAGGACUGUGCUGAGAUCAGAUCUAGAUCAGAUUUCCACAACUGGAAUGAUGAUGUGUGCUCUAAGUCACAACGUUGGUUGUGUGAGAAAAAAAGACUGUAGGCUUCCACAGGGCGACCCUUCCACAUGAUCAUUCUUAAACAGCUUCAGCUAGUGAUUUGGCAAAGCUUUCUGCAUGAAUCAGAUAUGCUUGGUAUAUCCAUUACUCCCAGAAAGACUCGGAGAGAGAAUGAGAAUCAAAGAUUUUAAUUCACAAAGAAAUUAACUAAGUAUUGGAGUGUAACAUUUAAUAUAAUUAACAAUCUAAGGCGUAGGCCCCAAUAUAUAAAGACUUAACAAUAUUAGUGAGGCAUAAGUUCCAAUAUAGAUUUUGAACUUGAGUGCUAAAGCAUUUCUCAUCUAUCAUUGUGAAAGUGUAGCACAAUGUGUUUUAGAUGCUUCUGUAAUAAAGUUUUAUUCAGCAAACAAACAUGCUUGAGUUUCGAAUAAAGCAGUUCAUAGUCUCUACCGAUAACCUCUGAACUCUGAAUAAAGUCUGAUUUUGUUGUCAUAUUA